CCACAAAAAAAUUAUUUUCUGUAUAUUUUUUACAGAGGGAUUUUUUACAUUUAUUCUACGCCGAAACAAUUGGAAAAUCCCAAUCCCUUUUCUGUAUAUUUUCUUUGGGGGCAGAAAGGCAGAAACUUGUUUGUUCUCUUGAAGAUUAAGCAUGCCAUCUGAGGACUCAAAGUCAGUGAAAAAGGAGGAACCCGAAGAGGAUAAUGAGGACCUCAAAAGCCUGAGUUCGAUGGGGGAGAAUCGUAAGAAGAAACCCUCGAGUAAUAGCAACAAUGCUGCUAUUUCUAACUCGAAAUUGCGUCCCAAAGAAGCCAAAGUGAAGAAAGAAGAGCCGGUAGAGACUGAUGAUGAAGACGAAAAACCCAUCUCUAAAAGGAGCUCCGCUACUAAAGCGACCAAGCCCAAGAAGGAAGAGAGCGACGAUGAAGACGAAAAACCAAUCUCCAAAAGGAGCUCCGCUACUAAAGUAGAUAAGGAAAAAGAAAUGAAGAAAAAGAAGAAAAAGGGGGAAGAAAAGAAAGCGGCUGCUGGGAAGGAAGUGAAGUGGGAGAAGAAGGUUUAUGAUUUGCCCGGUCAGAAGAGGGAUCCUCCUGAGGAGAGGGAUCCACUGCGGAUAUUUUAUGAAACAAUGUACCAGCAAAUUCCCCAUAGUGAAAUGGCACAAUUCUCGUCAAAAGAGUUGCAGCUAGCUCGUUGCAUUCAACAUGCAUUGAUGAUCUUAAUUUGUCUAGGUAUUGCAGAAACUGGGUCUUUGUUUGUGUUUGGGGAUAAAGUGAUAGCUAAUCUUGGAUUUGGGGAGGCCAAGAAUGCAACCAUGCCAUCCAUGAUCAAUACAUUGCCAUAUUCAGAAGAAGUUGCAUGUGGUGGCUACCACACUUGUGUUGUAACAAUCAACACACAUGGCUUCUCAGAAGAUUAUAGAAGAAGCCGUGUAUCUCUGUACUGGAAAUCCAUUGCCUAAAGACAUCGAGCAAAUAUCUUACUGGCUUCUGAAUGAGUCAUUUGCGGAGAGUUUCAAAUGAGUAUCUGAAACAAAGACCAGGAAAGGAUUGGCCCUGAUCGAUAUUGUAAGGGAAGUGACAAUGUUUGUUUUUAAGAUUAAAAUGCCCUCAGAUGUUCGAGUUCAGUUAAUCAAUGACUUGGCAGACAUAGAGUAUCGAUUGAGUUUUGGGUGCAAUGAUAAGUUGCAACUGGGAUCUCUCAUUGCUAUUUUCACAAAAGCUAGAUCUGCCCUAGUUGCGGUAGUGAAAUAGCUGUUUAUGUAUUAAAUUACAUAUUAAAUCAAUGUUUAUGUAUUAAAUUUAAAUUCAUUAAUUUUUAUAUUUAGUUUUGAAAUUUAAAUUUUAAUGGAAAAUUUCAUUUAAUUAA